AUGGCUCCUGGGUAUUUGCUCUUUGCUGCUUUGGCCAAAGAUGACCACGUGAAGCUGGGACCUGCUAAGGCGGCACCCACCCAAAGCAAAGGCUGGCUCCAGCCGUGCUGCAGGACAAGAGCUGCACAGCACAGCCACACUGCACCAGACGAUGCCAAUGCCUCACUGGCCACCCAGGGUGGCUCCUUGGCAGAUGCUGGUGGCACCAGACACCCUGCAGCUCAGGGACAGACGGUGGUGGCCAUGCUGAGAGUCUCUAGUCAGGCCCUUGCAGUACUUAAAUUCUAUACUGCUAAAUUCCCUGAGACACAUAGGCAGCAGAUUCAUUAUUCACUUGAAUUCCUUGUGGAUAAUCCCACUCCCACACCAUAUUGUGAUCUUGCCAAUAUCAACAAUCCUGGCACUUCUAAGAAAGUAAAUAAUUCUUUAAUAAAAGCAUUACUGAUUUGCUAAGAUAAAAAUUCCACAUGCAGAGACAUGGAAGGCAGGUUUAUUGUGCUGGACAACCAUGAAAGUAGGUCAGAUACAUGCUUUCUGUAGAUUCUUGAUGGCUGUCACGGCGUGACAACUACAGAAACAAUUGUGGCAAAGCUUCCACUUUUAUUUCUUGAACAGCUUUCUCACAUAGAUUCCUCCUACAAAAAUAAAAAUGAGAAAGAACAAAUUCUAGAAUAUUUUUUUGCCACAGUAAUCAAGGCAGAUUACAGGGAAAAAGAGAAACCAGACAAUGAGGAGACGAACAAAACUACUAUUAUGAAAGUGUAUGCCAAGUCCUUUUGGAGAAUCAGAUUUUCACAGCUGGGAAGGAAUGAGGAUUCCAAAGUUCACUUUUGUGGCUGUUCAGUGGUAAAAAGAAUUCCUAGUGAAGAGAUGGAUGGCACUGAGGAAGAAGAAAGAAAACAGCCUGAAAACAACGCACAUUCAUUAGCCAGGACAACCAAAGGUGUUGCUGGGCUACUGCACGUUGCUAUUAUAGGUAAGUACAUUCCACAUCAGGAUUCUUUUCCCCUUCACCCAAUUAAGAGGAAAAAAGGAAAAAAAAAUUAAAAAGGCAAGCAUAAAAUAAUCUUAAGAGAUUUCUUGGCAGUUGGUAUCUGGAGAUAAAAAGCAUCAAUUCCUUUAGCUUGACAAUGUGAAAAAGACAUGAUAAAUUCCCUCACAACUGAUACUGCUAUCACACAAUAUUAUUCAGCUUACUAGAUAAGUAGCCUGAGCACAAUACUUGAAUUAAAGCAUUUAAUUCAAUCUACUAAAGUAAAAGAGUUAGGAAGCAUUCUGUAAUACACAAGUGACCUCUUGACCUCUUUAAGAAUACCAUGUUGUUUGUUGUUUUGGCUUUUUUUUUUUCUUUUUUUUUCUUUUUUUUCUUUUUUUAAUCAAGAGGUUUAAGGUAUCAUCACUUUAGGACAAGCUUCUGAUUUUUGAAAUGAUAAAGUCCUUGUGUUAAUAAAACAUGCUUAAAAUAUUCAUUCAAUUAAUUUGUUUCAUUAGAUUAAGUGCCACCACAUUUUGCUACCAGCAAACUGAAAACAUGAUUUAAGGGAAUAAUCUGAAUUACUACUUUCUGAAAUAGGAAUUUGUUGUAUUUUACUGUUAGGAAGAACUAUUCAGACUUGUUUCCUUAUGAAGUAGAACCUUGCUUUUCUUUAGUACAGAAUCAGUUAUUUAUCACAAUCAGAAACAAUGAUACAUUCAAAUGCUUCUACACCCACCCCUGCUACAAGGGACACUAGAAAAAGCCCUUGCAGACUAGCAACUCUAGUCAUUGUAUCGUCCCACCUGGUGAUUUUUGUUACCACUUAAGCCCUCUUGUGCACAUAAAACAGCUGUGAGAUUACAAGCAAGAUACUUGCUUUCCCACAAAGGUGUGCACAAGCAGUUACACAAAUAAGCUGGUGAAGAGUUCCAGAUGGAUUUGUGUCUACAGUUACAUUCUCUUCCAGCUUCUGCUAGAAGCACGUGCCCAGCACACCACUUUUCUAUCGCUUUCCCUGGCAUCAGUAAGGAACGGGCUGACACUGCAGCUGACAUCAGAGGCACUCUUUCUUCCUGUGAUGUGUGCAUUCACACAACUUCUAAGACUUCUUCAUAUUUUUCCAUAUGAAAUUUUACCAAAAUUAAUGAAGAGGGUCAAAGAUCAGUAGGAAAAGGGAGAACCAUCUGAGAAGCUUCAUUUUUGUCAGGAAAAAAAAUUAAAAAAAAAUCAUGUUCCACAUUAAAAAAAAAAAACCAAUUCCAGAUGAAAAAAAAAUGUUUUUGCUUAACGAUAAUUUGCACUCUGCCAGUCUGACAAACACUGUAAACCAACCUGAUAUGCACUGACACUGAACUAGGUAACUGUGGUGAAUCCCACUGCCUCCAUUCUUCAAUGCUUGCUCACCUCAAACAAGCUUUCUGCAGCCACACGAACUUUACUGGUACAGGUAUGAAAACAGGCAGUUUAGCACUAGCCCAGCUAUUCUUUCAGGAAAUACAGUCAACACCUUUACUGGAAUACAGCAUUAACUCAAAAAAAGGCUGCAAUGUUUUCAGAUGCAUUAGUUUCCACCUUAUUGGGACAGAAACACAUUUUAUUCCAGAGAUUGAUGAAGGCAAGAACUGAGACUGGGUGAAUUCUCUAUUAAAUUGCUUCUGGGUCUUCUUACCUGCCUCCAUCCAUUCCUUACAGAGAGGAUUUCAUGCUGGCUGCAAUUAAGGAUAUCAUAAAUUCAAGCUGUGCUAACAAGUUAAGGUUUGAAGUUCGUCAGAGAGACUUAUAACUCUUUAUGAUUAAAAUCCACAAUUCUGAACCAUCACUAAAUACACACUUAUUUAAUCUAAUACAAUUAAUUUCCCACCAAAUGUACCACAAAGAAAAAAAUUCACGCAACAUGAACCUUCAUUUUUCCCCAAGGAGUGCAUUUUUACAGAAGUACAGAUGUUCCUCCAGCUCCAGAUAAGCAACUAGAGUAUGGCCAGAUACAAGGAGCAGGAGAUGGUGACAUGGGGCAUCUUCUUCAUUUAGUCCCAUAUUGAUAGGUCAGCUAAGUUUUGAUUCUGUUGCCCUAUCUCUAGUUUGCAAGAGAGAUGCAAAAGAGACUUGAAUCCAAAAGGGAUGAGAUUUUACUCUUUCUGCAGUCAAAUUGUUCCACAUGGGUUACAUUAUGCCCUUUGCUAGGAUUACAAUUGGUGGUCUUGCUCCAAGGGUUCAAAGGAUAUUUUACACAUUCUUCUAGCUCUCUAUGGAAAUCAGAGGAAGGAGGUGGAAGCAAGUACAAGGAAACAUACAGAGAACAGCUUAAGGUAUCUAAAAUUUAUAAUUAAUUAAAAAGGUGCAUCCUUCAGUUUGGCAUUUUGAAUCACUUUCUGAUUUAAGGCAGAAGAAAUCUGCCUCCACAGACUACACUUAAACUGCCCAAGAAACACAACUCCUGUGUAAGCAAUGCUUACUCAUACACCCCUUUUCAGAGGUCUGUGCCCCAGUCUAGCCCGACGAUAUUAAAAAUGCAGUAAAAAAGAACACACUGCAGCCAACUUCAUAUCUAGAAAGCCACCGCAUCCCAAGCAAGUUCCUUCCGCCUGACAUUGCUUUUGCCCUUAUGUUUUGUCCUUACACAUCAGAGCAGACCGAACAUCUCCCCCAACACAAGAAAUGGUCUCCCAGGGCAGGCACAGAGGAUCUCAAACAAUACAGCACUUUGGUUCUGAGCUCUUUCCUUUAUGUGCUGUGUUCAAAUCUGACACGACCAGCCCCCUGCAGUGUUGCAAUUUCUAGCACUUUUAAUUCUCAGAUUUCAGAAAUGUUCAGGGACAGGAAAAAUACCUCUUCCUACUAAAGAAAAUAAAUUAGUCCUCAACUUCCCACAAUGACUAAGAAUUCUUGCUCCCUUGGGUGCCUUAACCAAGAGAUUUAAGGUACCAUGUAAAUAAACAGUAAAUCCCACAUAAUGUCCAAAUUAUUUUCAGGUACUAAAAAUUGUAGGCUGCUAGGAACAGUCUGAGCCUGAAACUUCUUGCUGAGUUCAUUCAGACACUUGAAAGCACACAUUCUCAUAGGAGGGGGAAAGAAAGUGAGAAAAAUGGAGAAGCUGCACCUUGACUGUUUUUAAACAAGAGUGCACAUUUUUCAUAUUAGACUGCACUUUAAACUGAACUAAAUAUCACCUAAGACGACUCAUAAGAGUUUACUUGCAGUCAGGAGACUAAGAUUUCAUAACAGUCUUCUAAGAAUGGAAGGGGAAAAAAAAGAAAACUUUGCUGUAAAACCAGAAAUUGAUUCAAUUAUGGACAUACUGUUGCCUGUGGAUUAUUAACUAUGAGCUCUGGUUUUUUGUUUUUUUUUCCAGUCCUUAAAUAAAGGCUGAUACUUUAACAGCAGGAUCUUUAAAAACCCAGUAUGCUAUAAAUAUUAUUUCAACUUCAGAUGAUGUGCAAUAUUACACACAAACGGAGUCACACCUCUCAAGAGCACAGCACUUCUAAUUUGAGAGAAAACACUUCAGAAUGGUGGAACCAUCAGCACUAAUAAACCAGAUUAAUAGAGGGAUACCUGAGAACUACAAGGGCUCUUGGACAUCACAGAGCUCCAGCAAAAAGAACAUCUGUUAUACCUGUAUCUCAUAUUGCAUCUGUCUCUGUCAGUGUUACUUGCCAGUUUCUUAUUUUGGCUUCUAAUGGGCUUUGAGUUUUGGAUUACCUGAAGUACUUGCACCUACUCUUAACAUGAACUCAUUAUUUGAGAAUGCAUGAACGCUGUUCAAUGAAACAGGACUUUGUGUGUGUCAUUAUCUAGUAUCCUUCACUGGAGAUAACUGACUCAAACACUAUUAAUCAUCUGCCAGAUUGAAUACAGUUAUCUUAUUCCAAUAAUUCUUAUUCCAAUGUAUCUUCCAAUAUCUUAUAUUAGAAUCUUAUAUAUUCCAGUGUCUUAUUCCAAUAAUUUGGGUUUUUUAGAGUGACUCAAAACCUGAAACAAAAUCAGUGAGUAUGUUCUAGGAAGAAUUACAGGCAAAGUAAAAAUGGAAUUCCUAAUAAGGAAACCAAUGACCACAAAAAUCAACCUAAUCCAGAAUCAUCUCUUUUUAGUAACAAUGAAGUAAAUUCAUAGAACAAAGAUACACUAUUCCAAUUCUAGCACACAAGGUGACUCUGAAGAACUCAGUUUGAGGGCAGAAAAUUUUAUCUAAGUUUUCAUCCACAGUGAGACUUCAGAGCAAGAAGAAACCAACACUUUCUGUGCAACUUGUCCAAGUCACAGCUAUAACAACUGCCAGGGAAUGUCCUGACAUCAAUGGCUAAAGCCAUGAAAGUGCCCCCAAAUAGACAAAACCAUGCUAAUUCUGACUCAAAUACUCAGAGCUGGCAGAAAAAAUGGACUGAUUCAUUUUGUGACAAGCUGCAGGUGAUGUUGGUCAAGAACUGCUCAAGACUGUAUCACCAUUGGGUUCAAAGCCACUACCACAGUUUGAAAAGAACACAAAAAUAUACCCAAUCAAUUGCAAAUCACAAGCUGCAGAAGAGACACAGUCAGCUCAGAGACACUGCAAUGCAACAAGUCACCUUGUGAACAGCUGGCAAAGACUGCAUUAGCUGCAGGUUCAAGAGACAAUAUUACUAUUUUGAUUGUACUUCUAAAUGGAU